CCCCCGGCCCCCCCUCGGCCGGGCAGCCCCCAAUCCCGCGCCGCCGGGACCCCCUCCUCCUCCCUCCCUCUUCCCUCCGCCCCCUCCCCGCGGGACUCCGGCGUCCCCGCCCCCCAGUCCUCCCUCCCCUCCCCUCCAGCAUGGUGCUCGCGGCCCCGCUGCUGCUGGGCUUCCUGCUCCUCGCCCUGGAGCUGCGGCCCCGGGGGGAGGCGGCCGAGGGCCCCGCGGCGGCGGCGGCGGCGGCGGCGGCGGCGGCGGCGGCGGCGGCGGCCGGGGCCGGGGGGGAGCGCUCGAGCCGGCCGGCCCCGUCCGUGGCGCCGGAGCCGGACGGCUGCCCCGUGUGCGUGUGGCGGCAGCACAGCCGCGAGCUGCGCCUGGAGAGCAUCAAGUCGCAGAUCCUGAGCAAGCUGCGGCUCAAGGAGGCGCCCAACAUCAGCCGCGAGGUGGUGAAGCAGCUGCUGCCCAAGGCGCCGCCGCUGCAGCAGAUCCUGGACCUGCACGACUUCCAGGGCGACGCGCUGCAGCCCGAGGACUUCCUGGAGGAGGACGAGUACCACGCCACCACUGAGACCGUCAUUAGCAUGGCCCAGGAGACCGACCCUGCGGUGCAGACAGAUGGCAGCCCUCUCUGCUGCCAUUUCCACUUCAGCCCCAAGGUGAUGUUCACAAAGGUACUGAAGGCCCAGCUGUGGGUGUACCUGCGGCCAGUGCCCCGCCCAGCCACGGUCUACCUACAGAUCUUGCGACUGAAACCCCUGACUGGGGAAGGGACCGCAGGGGUAGGGGGAGGAGGACGUCGGCACAUCCGUAUCCGCUCACUCAAGAUUGAGUUGCACUCGCGCUCCGGCCACUGGCAGAGCAUCGACUUCAAGCAAGUGCUCCACAGUUGGUUCCGCCAGCCGCAGAGCAACUGGGGCAUCGAGAUCAACGCCUUUGAUCCCAGUGGCACAGACCUGGCUGUCACCUCCCUGGGGCCAGGAGCUGAGGGGCUGCACCCUUUCAUGGAGCUUCGAGUCCUAGAGAACACAAAACGGUCCCGGCGGAACCUGGGCCUGGACUGUGAUGAGCACUCCAGUGAGUCCCGCUGCUGCCGAUACCCCCUCACGGUGGACUUUGAGGCUUUCGGCUGGGACUGGAUCAUCGCACCUAAGCGCUACAAGGCCAACUACUGCUCUGGCCAGUGCGAGUACAUGUUCAUGCAAAAGUAUCCGCACACCCAUUUGGUGCAACAGGCCAACCCAAGAGGCUCUGCUGGGCCCUGCUGUACCCCCACCAAGAUGUCCCCAAUCAACAUGCUCUACUUCAAUGACAAGCAGCAGAUUAUCUACGGCAAGAUCCCUGGCAUGGUGGUGGAUCGCUGUGGCUGCUCCUAAGGUGGGGGACAGUGGAUGCCUCCCCCACAGACCCUACCCUGAGACCCCCAGCCCUGGCCCCCAUUCCCCCCAAGCCCUACAGCUCCCUCCACCUCUCCCCAUGAACAUCACACCUUGUUCCCUGACCAAGCAGUGUGCAAUACAACAGAGGGAGGCAGGUGGGGAUUGAGAGGUGAGGGGUCUGGGGAAAGGGGAAGGAAGGGCAUGGUCAGGGUGGGGAGCGUCUGAGGUUUGCAGGUGAGAAGGUUUGGCAAGAAGACAGAGAGGUAUAAGAGACAGGUAUAGAGAUGGUGGAACAAAAAGAGCCGCAGGGAGAAGGCAAAGGGAUAGAGAGGCAGAAGAGACAGAGACUAGGCAGAGACAAACACUGAGAGAGACCGAAACGGAGGAAUAAAGGAAAGCCCCACACCGAGCCUCCUUCCUUCCACUGGCAAGGUGAGGGGCUUGGUAUGGUCUGGGGAGAUCCCCCAACUACUCAGUAGGAGAGGAAAUCAAAAAUCCAUUCUUAGCUUCUCCCUUCUUUCCCUUCAUCAGUGGCCAGGGGAAGGGAAGUGAGGGCAGGGGCAAAAGUUAAGGAUUUGGGAAUUUAUUUAUUUAUUUAUUAUGACUUUACAUUUUUCUUUUGGUAUUUGGCUUUACUGGAAUAGGAGGACCCCUGCCCAGUGCCCCAUUUUUCCUUUAUUUCCCGAACCCUGCACUCCCCUAACACCCACCCGCUUAAGCACUUGUAUAAAGCCUCCAGGGUUGGGAGUGGGAGUAAAGGGCAGGAGGACUGGCACGUGGAAGUUUUUAACCUGCAAUCACCCUAACUCAACCUUCCUGAGCCAAACGGGUUGAACUGAAGCCACUGGUCACAGAAACAGUAAAAGGUUAGGGUUUAUGAGCUGGGGUGGGGGGAGCCCUCGAUAUCCAGGAUCAGUAUGAUGAGAGCCACUGAACUAACCCUUAGGCCCACCCUCAUGUGUUAUUUAGCCAAAGGGUGCCGCCUGCUUAUGCCCAAAUUCCCCUCAGCCAAGAGAGACCAAAGAGCCUGUGGAAUGCCCCUGCCCCAGCCGCCACUUUCAGGUCAAAAAAACAAAAAAAGGGUAUAAAGACCCCAGAGUCCCCCAGGUCUAGCAAAGGUUCAGAGGGGCCGAGAAGGCAAAAGUAUGGAGGCUGAAGGUUGCAGGGCAUCUGAAUCCAAAUCACUGCUCUGGGCUAGGGAACAGAGCCAGCAGACCAAGGUAGAAGGGAUUCCGGAGCGGGGGGCAUUUUAGUCCCCCAACCCCAAAGCUCAGGGUGGAAAGAGGGAGAGCAAGAGAACAGAGUGUCUAUAAUUAUUUUUAUCUUUUAUUUUUGGAAUCUAGCAGUCCCUGGCAGCAGGGAAGGGACCACGCAGUGGGGAAAUGUGCCUGACAAGGCCAGUUAGAGCAGAGGACGGGAGGGCUAGGAAGCAGGCAGAUACCGGCUGCCACUUCAAGUCACUUAGCUGAGCCCAUUCGCUCCUCCCACAACCCUGACCACCCUCCUCUGGACGCACUGUGCCUCAGCUUCUUCCCCUCAAUGGAGUGAGAAAUAGCAGCACCCGCCACAGCCAAGAGAUGAAUUCUGAGCACUUACCACGGGCACUUUAUGGACAUAAAAUACCUCUCGCUGUGGGACAGAUAACCAGGGCACCAGAGUAGUGGUGAAGAGAUGAGGCUAGAGGAGCACAGGCUUCAGAGUGCAAGUUCCCCUCUGCCUCCCAGCUGGACAGUGCCUGAAGCCGAGGAGCUGAGAAUCUCCACACCGCAUCCACACCUUACCACCAGCCUCUGGGCUCCAAGAGAGAACCAAGAGGCUGUCAGGAGGAGAUGGGAAGAACUUUCCACAAGACUGUCACUCUAAGUAGGACCAGCAGUUAUGGGUCUGAUACAAACAGUACUGAACUGAAGUACAGCCUGUAGCUGGUAAGCGUCCCUGGAAGGCUUGUUCUUCCCAAGAGCACGACUCUCACUUGGCCAAGAUGGUAAGCUUUAGCAUCUUAUUCCUAUUCUCACAGUGAGAAAGUGAUGUGAAGUUUUCCAGCAGAGGAACGGAUAGCUGUUAAGCUUUUCUACUCACCUCCUCCCAUACAGCAGCUAUGUUAACCCCAAGUUUCUCCUCUCUGGCCCUGCUCACCCUUCUGCCCCGAUCUUGGAGAACAACACACACUGACCAGCAACACCGUUUUCCCUUGGUGGAGGGAGAAGAACAGAGAAGUGAAGAACAGAAGACGCUUCCAAGUUCAAAUGCCUCUUGUGCUUGGCACGGGGUGGGAGUUGGGCAGCAGGCACCAGGUAACUUCCCUCUACAGAUUCUAGAGAGCUAGGGUAUUGAACUUGGGGGAUACUUAGAACAUUGCCCCUUUAAUACCACCAAAUAAAGACCCUUGGGGGAGUUUCUUUUAUGAACAUA